AUGAAGGAAGCCCCCCCCCCGGGGAAGCGGAGCUCGAGCCCUCUUUCUGUUUCUUUUUUGCUUCAGAUCAAAGUGGUGAAGUUCUCCUACACGUGGACCAUCAACAACUUCAGCUUCUGUCGCGAGGUGUAGGGGGGGGGGGGGGUCAUCAAAAGCAGCACUUUCUCAUUUGGAGCCAACGACAAACUCAAACGGUUGCUGCGUGUGAACCCUAAAGGUCCAGAUGAGGAGAGUAAAGACUAGACUCGACUCCGCGGUCCAAAAAGUGAAGUUUCUAUUCUCAACGCCAAGGGAAAGGAGACCAAAGCCACAAAGUUCCAGAGAGCGUGCCGCUUUGUCCAGGGGAAGGACUGGUUUAGAAAGUUCAUUAGGAGGGACUUCCUAGUGGACGAGGACGACGGUCUGCUGCCUGAUGACAAAUUAACACCAUUCUGGGAGGCGACGGCUGACUGUGACUCCGUGAACCUCUCAGGCCAGAACCCAACGGACCCGGUGAAGGUUCCUGAGCGGCGGGCCGGCCGAGGAAGAGAAGAUCUGUGGGAAAACUCCAGACUCACCGGCUGCUCGCUGUGUGUCGCUGGACAGAAGCUGCAGGCGCACAAAGCCAUCCUGGCAGCCCGCUCGCCGGCCUUUAGUGCCGUGUUUGAGCACGAGGUGGAGGAGAGAAGAAGGUGAAACCGUGUGGAGAUAAAUGACGUGGAGCCAGAUGUCUUCAAAGAGAUGACGUGCUUCAUCUACACAGGCGAGGCCCCCAACCUGGACAAGAGCCUGCUGGCUGCAGCUGACAAGUACGCUCUGGUGAGGCUGAAGGUGGUGCACCAGUCUUGAGGGUGGAGAACGCCGCCGAGAUCCUCGCCAAGAUCCUCGCCAAGAUCCUCGCCGACUUUAUCGACUGAGACCGUUGAUCUCCAGAACUACUAAAGUUUCAAGCUUUUUUGUUCAUUUCGGUCUCACACACACACACACACACACUUCUACACUUAGCUUUUGCUCGGAGGGAAGUCAUUCAUUUUCAGUGGGAGCAAUUUUCUUUCUCCCGAGGAAUUUUAAUUUAAUUCCCAGAUUGGACCAUUUUGCUUCGGUAUGGUAUUGAGCCAUUUAAAGCAAUAAAGCUCAGCUGCCGAUGUUCAUCAUGUGGCGGGCAGCCUGCUUAGGUUGGACGGGGCCUAUUAGCAUCUGUGACCGCCGUUUAUGUCCACGGAGAGCGGUGGUUGACUGACCAGUUCUCCCACAAAAGCGCAUCGCCUUCCCUCUUAUUUUCUAUCCCUUUGUUCAUCCCUCUGUCCUCUAUUCAACCAUCACUUGUUCCUGCCUGGACCUCCCUCUCUCCUUUCAUUCAUUCCCAUCUUCCAUGCUCUCCCUCUCGCCUCUCGGCCAGUGCUUAAGGGCUCCUGCACGCCUAAAGGUGUUCAGCAAUGCAGAUCUCUGCCCUUAAUCCAAGUCAUUAAUUGUGGUUACGGCCGUUAUGACAGUUUAAUUUGCCGGAGAGUUGUUGUGGUGGAGGGGAAAUUGGCCACGAGGGACUCCUGGCAGGCGAAACAAUAUCAAUCCGCCUCCCGCGGACACAAUGGAAGAAAUCAAUUUAGAGGACGAAUGCAUAAAGGAUCCUCCCGCCCAGUAGUACCUCAACCUCUUCCCAGACCCGCCUUCUCAGGCAGUUUACCGUCAUUUAUUCCAGACAAUAGAAUUUGUCUUUUUGCCUUCUCAGUCUCAUUUAUUCACCCUCCACAGGGAUGAUGCAGAGAGUAAAGCCACAAAGACAAUCUCUAUCAACUGUGUUCAGAGAUUAGAAUUUACGCACUUUUCUUGUUGGCGAUGGUAGUACGACGGUACAAUCAAUUUAAUAAUUGCUGGAAUUUUUAGUUAACAAAAGCAAUCCAGUGUGAUUACCUGCGUCUGGAGGUCACAGUUUGGCCUCUUUUUAAUUUACCUUCACAUCGCUGCUGCUCUCUAUCUAUCUAUCGCUCACCUCCUGGUGUUUUAUUCAUUUAUUUAUUUAUUUGCUGCCUUUACUCUUUCCCCUGUCGGUCCGUCCCUCCCGCUUCCUCUCCUGCUGUGACUGCUCUUUUCCUGCCCUUCGCUGGCCGGUCGCCUCACCCUCACCAGACCAGCCAUUACCAUAGGCAGAGGCCCACCUCCUCCACAGAGGCUCGGGUCAGAGGUCAGCUGGAGGUCUGGAGCUGCUGUGCGGAAUACAUAGGACCACACACACACCCCGAAGUGCCAAGAGUGGCCAUGCCAAGACACACACAUACACACACACACACACACACACACACACAUGCUGUUGUUUAUAGA